UUCAUGUUUACAAAAAUGGCUGCAAAGUUGAAAAAACGAGCCCUUGCGGAGUUUAGUUAUGUUGUAACGGAAGAACCACCCCAACCUGUAAAAAGGUUAAGACUUAUUCAGCGCUCCGUUGCACCCACCAUCUCACUGAACUUGUCAAGUGCAAGCUCACCCCAGGAAGUUAUUUUUAUUCUUCUUAAGCUAGAAGAAAACUCACCGUCAGAGAAGGAAGGGGCAGAGUCGGUUUACAAUGAACUCUCUGAGCACUUGGUUGGAGAACGUGAUGCUAUAGUUAGGUGCAAGAUUAUUUCAAUGUUUGCCAAGCUUGCUCUGGUCCCUGGCUUCAACAUACAACUCCUGGCUGAUGAUUUACUCAACAAAAUAGGCUCAGAAAGCUCACAUAAAGUGCUUGGUCAGCUGUUUGUCACUGCCAGGUCUGUCAGUCAGAUGUUCUCUCCCAGCAGCCAUAAUAUUCAACGCUUUAUGAGGGCGGCAUUUAAGCAUGUUUCUAACAGCGAUCAUCAAGUGCGCAGAAGCUGUUUGCAGCUGAUUGGCUGCCUGGCAUCGUGUGAACAACAGCGGAAAGAUACACCAGCAUCUCCUGACUGGCCUGUGUCCAUCCAAGAAGUUUUGACCAGAUACAUCAGCGAUGAGGACCCUAGGGUCAGAUGCAGUGCUUUUGAGGCAAUGCUGACACUACACAACAGUGGUCAAUAUUUAGGGCUAUCUGUUUACCAACAAGCCUGCUCCGCCCUGCAGGAUGACUACGAGGGCGUGAGAUUAGCAGCCGUCCAACUGAUCUGGGUCCUCAGUCACCUGUACCCAGAAAGUUUUGUGCCUGUGACAGAUUCAGCUGAAGAGCUCAGACUACUGGAUGAUGGGUUUGCUAAGAUUUGUAGCAUGGUGACAGACAUUUCAGUCAAAGUCAGGGUCAAGGCCUUGCAGCUAUUGGGGUCCCUUCAUCUAGUGAGCCCCAAAUUCCUGGAGCAGACGCUAGACAAGAAGAUCAUGUCACAGUUGCGGCGUAAAAGGUCUGCCCAUGAGAGGGCCAGAGAACACUUUGCCUCGGGUGAGUGGUCAACUGGUCAAAAGUGGGCAGACGACGCACCCAAGGAAGACGUGGACCCUGACUCUGUCAAUCUACUCAGUAUAGGCGCCUGUGGGGCUUUUGUUCAUGGGCUGGAGGAUGAAUUUUUAGAGGUUAGAAAUGCUGCCCUUGAUUCACUCUGUGAGCUGGCCUCCAAUUCUCCAGAGUUCUCUGCCCUUUCUCAAGACAGCAUCAUAGACAUGUUUAACGAUGAGAUUGAGAGUGUCCGGCUCAACGCCAUCAACAGUUUACGUAAAAUCAGCCACCACCUACUGCUGAGGGAGGAUCAGGUGGAAAUAAUUUUGGGGGUGUUACAGGAUUUCUCCCCAACCAGUCGUGAAGCUUUGAGGAACUUGCUGGGCCACAUCAGGCUUGCCACAAAGAACUGUGUCAACAUGUGUGUUAUGGCGCUGCUAGACAACCUGCAGAGGUACCCACAAGACAGGGUUUCUGUAUGGAGGUGUUCCCAGCAGCUUGGCACCAAACAUCCCGCCCACACCUUGGCUCUGGCGCCAGACCUGCUUUGUUUACACCCGUACCUGGACACACCUGAACCAGACAUGGAUGACCCAGCGUACAUCACAGUUCUUGUUCUAGUGUUCAAUGCAGCCUCCAUCACCCCCUCAAUGGUACCACUGUUCCAGGAACAUACACGACGCCACUACUCUUACCUCCGCUCUUGUUUACAGGGCUAUGUCCCUAUCAUCCAGAGUCUUGAAAUGGUGGAGCCAGCCCAAGGUGUGAAGCAUCAAGUGACCAGCAGCAUGGACACGAGCAAGUUCCUGGAGGAGCUCACCCACAGGCUGCGUAACAUUGACUCAAUGGAGUUCUCAUCUGUUGUCUCUAUACUAGAGGUGGCUGUAAGAGACUUACACCAAGCCAAACAGUUGGACCAGAGAAUCUCAGCAUCAGCGGACUGUGCCAGCAUCUUUCUGCAGGCUCAGCUUCUUCUCACUAAGUUACUGACCCGGGUCAACGACCCUUCCCAGUGUGACUCAGAUACAGAUGGGGUGAACUCUUCAGUGGAGAAGAUCCUAGAGCUAACAACAAAGUUACAGACCAUGUACCUGGGCCUGACAAGUGACCUGAUCUGGUCAGUUCGUCAGCUGGAACUUAAGGCCCUCACCCUACAGCUCGUGGUCACCUUGAGCCGGGGCACCACGGAGGAGAAGAAGAGGAUGUGUGAAAGUUUUAAGCACUGUUUGACUCACAUCAACAGGUCCAUGGAGACAGAAACUGGCAAGACAGACGUGCUGACACACCACCUGCUCGCUCACCUUGACCUUAUCGACCCAACACACCUGCAGGGUACACACAGUGUGCUGCAGACCGCGCUCGCCAUCUUACGACCCAGCCCAGUCCCGCACCUGCGCGGAGUCAGGGUAAUGCAUGCUGUGUUGGAAGAGCCAAUAGAAAACCAGGAAACUGCAAUCAAGAUGGCUGCUGGAUUGACGGCAGGGCUACGGGUGGUGGGGGUGGUGGAAAAUAUUACAGACGUCAAGCUGGUUAGGAUUCAGGUGAAGUACCCUGACCAACAGAGCCAACUGGUGAGUCCCCCGUCAUCCUGCUGGACACGCUUGAGUAACCUUCGAUAUAGACUGGACACAGAAGUGGUCAUGUCCCACGCCCUCUGGUCAGAGAGCUGUAACAUUGAAAUCUCCCUGGUGGUAGAACCAUGCAGCAGCUUCAGGCAGCUCUUCAAGAAACCUGCCAUGGUGGAGCUGGUCACCCCGGUCAAGAUCCUGGUCUCCACCAAGGCCCACAAGUUUUAAGCUGGUCACCCCGGUCAAGAUCCUGGUCUCCACCAAGGCCCACAAGUUUUAAGCUGGUCACCCCGGUCAAGAUCCUGGUCUCCACCAAGGCCCACAAGUUUUAAGCUGGUCACCAUGGUCAAGAUCCUGGUCACCAUGGUCAAGAUCCUGGUCUCCACCAAGGCCCACAAGUUUUAAGCUGGUC